AUGUACGAUGCUUUCAAUGUUUCAUUAGCGUUAGAUAAAGUACCAUAUAAAAUAGAAUCGAUUUUCGCUCAUGGAACUUCCACGGGUGCCUUGUACGUUUACGAAGUAAAAGAACCUUUUGGGGAUGAGGGGUUGAAAGUAGACUUAAAGGAAACCUUUAAGAAUUUUUCCAAAAAACCCAUCGAACAGUUGGAUAUCAUUAAGGAGCUUGACAUAUUAAUAUCACUUUCUGAUGGAUAUAUAAAUAUCUAUGAUUUAAACACCUUUGAAUUAAAAAGGCAAUUAUCCAAUAUAAGAGGCGCAAAUAUAUUUGCUAUUUCCCAUGUUGAAACUAGCGAGGAUGAAAGUAGCAAUGGGAUUCCAAUAACACGUCUAGCAGUCGGUGUAAAAAAAAAGUUAUUUGUCUUUACCUGGCGGGAUACAGAAUUCACUGAUACAAAGGAACAUUCAAUUCAUGAUAGGAUUAAAACAAUGGUUUGGGUUAGUGACGAUAAAGUUUGUCUUGGGUUGACGAACGAAUAUAAUUUGAUAAAUGUCGAUUCUGGUGAGAAAACCGAAAUAAUAACCUCGAGUAGUGCACCAGGAGCCACCUCAUUUAGUUAUAUGGGAAUGUCAAUUGGUUCUAAGGUCAACAAACCGUUAUUGACGAGGUUACCUAAUAAUGAAAUUCUGUUGGUUAAGGAUAAUGAGAGUAUUAUUGUUGGGCUUGAUGGAAAACCUACUCGAAAGGCAGAAAUUGACUGGUCAGGAACGCCAGAAGAAAUAGGAUAUUCUCAUCCGUAUCUUAUUGCGAUAUUACCGAAGAACGUGGAAGUCAGGAAUAUUGUAACUCAGACUUUGGUCCAAACUGACGAACUCCCUCAAGCACGACUCAUUAACCAAGGCAAAUAUUUAUAUGUUGCCAGUCAUGGUAAUGCUUGGAGAUUCAUUCCGUUAAGCUUCGAAAGACAGAUUGAUCAAUUGGUUGAACAAAAUGAAUUCGAGGAAGCUUUAAGUUUAACUAGACAAACUUUGAUUGAUGACAAGGAUGCAAAACUUCGAGAAAUACUUGGACUUCGCGCGCAUUAUCUUUUCCGUCAGAAUGAAUUUGAUAGAGCAAUUACAAUUUUUCAAGAUUUAAAUGCAGAUCCCGCAGAGGUCGUUGCAUUAUAUCCCCCAUCAAUAUCAGGAGCUCUUCAUAAGCCUAUACAGCGUCCAAAAAUUAUAAAAUCUUCAGAUGAAAUAAAACUUAACGAUAGUGAGCAAGGUCCUUUC